ACACCACCAUUGCACCACUCCAUCACACUCAACACCUGACACUGCGAGAGUGAGGAGUAGACCAAGGACGACGGCCAUGGCGAUGAGGAAGGAGGUCCUCCUGGCGGCCAUGAUGCUGGCGCUGGUGGUGGCGGCGCCGGGCGGGGCGCAUGCGGCGUGCGAGGUGGGGCAGCUGACGGUGUGCAUGCCGGCGAUCACCACCGGCGCCAAGCCAAGUGAGGCGUGCUGCGGCAGCCUCCGCGCGCAGCAGGCGUGCUUCUGCCAGUACGCCAAGGACCCCUCCCUCGGCGCCUACAUCAGGAGCCCCCACGCGCGCGAGACCCUCGUCUCCUGCGGCCUCGCCGUCCCGCACUGCAGCUAGGCGCCAGCUCGCCUAGCGCGUAUGGCUCAGCUAUAGGUAGGCCACCUCCGUCCAUGAGAGACGAGAGACUAUAGCUUAGCCUAGCUGAGUGCGUGAUGCGUCCAUGCACGCAUGCUGUUCCUGAUGCUGCAAUAAAAUGUUGGGUGAUCGAUGUGCUGAAUAAAAUGACUUUAAUUUCCUA